AACAACUUGAGGGUGAGUAAAUGAUGGCCGAAUUUUCAUUAUAGAGUGAACUAUCCCUUCAAAGCUAAAUUUUGUUUGUUUUAGAUUCCUCCUCUAUAACUCCAAAUUUAUAUUAUAUGACUCAGACUGUCAACCUUUAAGUACAAUUCAUGUUAAAUUUUUUUUUUUAUCAAGUGGGCUAUAAUUUCUUAAAAAAUCUAGUAAUUAUUUCUAAAAAAAUUUCUUCUUCUGUGAAACAUGACCAAUGACUGAAAUUAUAUUAUAUAGACCUAAUUUAAAAUAAAUUAUAAAAUUGUAAAAUGGCAAAUAGAGAACUGUUUGCUACAUAUUUCAUCAAUCCUUCAAAUAUAAAAAUGUUUAUACAUUUCCAAUAACGUAUUUCCAAACGUAAAAUAAUACAAGUUUGUCUGAGACUUGUGUCCAGACUUGUGGGAAGAUGGACUUGGCCCUCUACCUGCGCCCUACCUGUGUUUAAGUCAAUCAUUAAUAAGUGAGCUCAGAAAGACAUCACUUAGGCAAUAAGAAGCCACCUUGGUAUAGAUUUGGCAUAACUACUUAUAAACAAUUGCCUAUAUAUUUAAAUCUUUCACUAUUUCUGUACCACAGGGUUUUGCACUUUAAUUGAUAACAAAUAAGCGUGUGUUUAAUUUUUUGUAUCCUGACAUCUAAGGACUCCCAAUCGAAAUUCUAGUAGAUUUCACUGAACAAUGAGGAAGGAGGACAACUGCACGUUCAUGGGAGGUGGGAUCCCUUUGUCAUCUGAGUUCUUUAAAGUGAUCAAGAACGAUCUCUGGUUGUUCCUCCUUCCUGCUGUGUUUGCCGUACUGCUGCUAGCUCUCUUCAUGGAGGAGAUUGGCUUUUUUCUGCGUCAUGUCCCCUCUCAGCGGCGUAGAAAUCUCAGCCUAUGGAUCCUGGGAAUAUAUCCAGUUUUCGGAAUGACGUCUAUCAUUGCGCUAUAUGUUCCACGCUCCUCAUCUCUGUGCAAUUUCAUUGCAUCUCUAUAUCACUCCAUUACGCUCUUGAAGUUCAUGGGUCUUAUCAAAGACUUCUUCGGUGGAAAGAUCCGCAUGCUGGAGGCUUUAGCAGGGGAGAAGGUGUCUCCAAACCCCUUCCCCUGUUGCUGCUGCUGCUGUCUUCCUCUUUUUGACAUCAACAAGACCAGUGUGGGGUGGAUGAUGGCAGCUGUUCUUCAGCUCUCUGUGGUCAGAACAAUCCUGUUCUUCCUCACUCUUGUCCUCUGGACAGAUGAACAGUAUAAGUACGGGGAUGUUAAUUCGGUUACUCUCAACAUGUAUGUCAAUGCCAUCAUUGCCGUAUCCACGUUUCUGUCCUUCUAUGGCUACUUGCUGUUUUAUAAAGCUACAAAAAGGGCAUUGCCUGGAUACAGUCUUCGAGCCAAGUUUAUUUGCAUCAUUGUUGUCCUGGUCCUUUGUGGACUACAGAGUGGAAUUCUGGAGACCAUGGGUGCGCUGAAUGUCAUCCCCUGCACUCCUCCCUUCUCUGACCUGUUUCGUUCUCAAUUAAUCUACCACUAUUCUGUAAUUGUGGAGAUGUUCUGCAUCAGCCUCUUUGCACAUCACACAUUCCGGAAAGUUGAACCCUGUCAAGAUGAGGGUGAAGAAAUGGAGAUUGAUGUCAUAAGAGUUCUCAAUGAAAAGGCAAUUCAGACAGAAGACGAGCUGCCAAUUGCUGUGCAGCUCUCCUCUCAAGAAGAUGAGCCAUGCCAUUCUAACCUUGGAUAUAACAGCGACAGUGAAGACAGCCUCUGUAAAAUUGAACACGCACCACUGGACCGCUUCACUUUUCCCUUACAGCACAGACAACAAACUGCAGCACACUUGGAGAAAGUAUAUACUACACCACCUGAGAACUCCAUGAGUGUGGAGUUGCCAACAAUUACUGUCAGUGCUGAAAUUAACCAUAUUGACAGUGGUGAUGUUACUGUUGUAUAGAAGAAAAAGAGAGAAAAAUGUAUAAAUGUAUAGUUUAUUCCACUUUAUACGUCUAUGACUCCACCGGGCCCCAGGAAACUAAACAAAGAACAAGUGCCAUUUGAAUUGUAAACUCACCAGCAUAGCAAUUUUUUUGUAAUCUUUAAUAUAGCACAUAUACAGUUUACUAUUAUUAGUACAUUUAAAUAUAAAAUUAUUUAUUACUGAUUCCCAAUAAACAAGGCUAAAGACUUGUAGAGGUAAGGUCUGUGGUAAACAUAACUUGACAAUACUUGGACAUUUUGUUCUACAAUGUUAACUGCACAUACAACCCAUGUUCUUAUCUAGUUACAGUGGGUACGGAAAGUAUUCAGACCCCCUUAAAUUUUUCACUCAAAGGCAGUUCCUUUGACCUCAUGAUUCUCAUUUGCUCUGACAUGCACUGUGAGCUGUAAGGUCUUAUAUAGA